CCGCUUCCGGUUUCACUCAGGACCUCAGCGGGCUCGAACUCAGGAGAAACCUAUCGAGACUUUUUUCUGUCAUCCAGGACUCUGUUCAAUCUGUUCAGAGUGCGGGUUGGAAUGAUUCCUGGACGAUUAUUCCGUUCAUGGACUUAAUAUUGGUUUACUCAAGACUUUUCUAGCACUUUAAAGAGAAAGAAGAUCACCUGUAACUGUUGACCAAUGACACCUGUUGUCUCUUCAGCGCUCGCUUUAAGAGAAACUCUGCUGUAAACAAACUACGAGGAUAUUUGAACGUUUGAUGACGCAGUUAAGAUGAAAGUGACGGUGAAUUUCGGGGAAACGAGGAUUGUCGUCCCGUGUAAAGACGGUUGGAUGGUGCGGGAUUUGAUCGGUCAAGCCACUCAAAGAUACAAGAAGAUUGUUGAACAGGAUGGGGAAUUCCUGGUGCGGACGCUCCAUGUGGAGUAUGUGGACGGGGGGAUCCUGGACCCAGAUGACAUGCUAGCAGACCUGGUGGAGGACAAAGACAAGUUGAAGGCUGUGUAUGAGAAGAUGGAGCUCCAGCAGAGGGCGAUGGUGAGUCCCGGGGGGAGUGUGGCGUCCAGUUGCUCCAGCCCUGACCCCUCUGAACCUGAGCUCAGUGUCCUGCAGCCCUACCUGGGCAGUGAGAUCGAGGUCACCCACUCUGCCCUCAAAUCAACCACUCCUCUAUUGGUGCGAAGCAGCAGUGACCCCGCCCUCGCCCCACCCCUGGAUGUCAUUUCAUUGGAUCCUGAGGACAUCAGCAGACCCCAGUCCACUGGUGUCGGUCAUGCAACCUCUGUGAAGGGAGGAGCCAUGGACAAACCCAAGGUGGACGUCCCAAACUCCAGGACUGCACAAGUCGACUUAAGCAGCCUCACACGGACGGUGGAGAUUUCUGGAGACUUCGGGCCUCUGGGCAUCAAAGUCAUAUCAUACUGUUCCUCACUGAGUGGAAGGACUCUGGGUCUAGAUAUCCGAGCCAUCGAGAUGAACAGCUGCUCUGAACGAGAGGGGAUCUUUGAAGAGGACGAGUGCAUCGUGCAGAUCAAUGACACCGAGUUAAUAGACAAGUCCUUCGCUCAGUCUCAAGAAGUGUUUCGCCAAGCCAUGUCCUUGCCCACCAUACGUUUGGAGGUGCUUCCUGUCGCCAACAGGCUCUUCUAUGAAAAGAGCCUCAUCGGGCAGCUUUUCAACAACACCGAACCAAACCCUGCGGUCCCUAAAGUCAAGAGUCCUUUCUUGGUUCAUAAGCUCACUCCGAGCAAUACAUCGACGCCGUCUCCAGAGCCUCCUGCAUCACAGACCCCACCCCAAAAAGAGGAGGAGCUUCAGCCUUCAAGACACACCCCCGUCCAAACGGAUCAUCACAGAGUUACGCCUUCUCCUCCAGUCAGUGCGUCACCUACCCUGAAAGAUGGCAGCGAGAGCCCCACCCCCAAAAAGACCCCGGCCCUCGUCACGCUGGUUAAUAUGAUCAACAAAAAGUCUGCGAAGAAAAUGAAGAUCGAUUUGAAGAAAGGUACGGAGGGCCUCGGAUUCACCGUGGUAACCAGAGACUCGUCCCUUCAUGGUCCAGGACCCAUUAUGAUCAAGAGCAUCCUGCCCCGCGGAGCUGCUGUUAAAGACGGGCGGCUCAAGUCCGGAGACCGUAUCCUGGAGGUAAAUGGAGUGGACAUCACAGGACGCACACAAGAGGAGCUGGUGGCUAUGCUCCGGAGCACCAAACUGGGAGAAACUGUGUCUCUGGUAGUCGGAAGACAAGAGGAGUUUUUGCCCAGAGAACUGAAAGGAGAGCCAUCAGGUCUGCUGCUUUCGGAGGACGGGCGAGAGCAGCUGAUGUUUGAAGUUCCUUUGAGUGACUCCGGCUCAGCUGGUCUAGGGGUCAGUCUGAAGGGUAAUAAGUCCCGAGAGACCGGGGAAGACCUGGGCAUCUUCAUCAAGUCCAUCAUCCACGGCGGUGCCGCACACAAGGACGGUCGCUUGCGUAUCAAUGACCAGCUGAUAGCGGUUAAUAGCGAAUCGCUGCUCGGAUGCUCCAACCAUGAGGCCAUGGAAACCCUGCGGCACUCCAUGUCGACUGAAGGGAACCUCAGAGGAACCAUCCAGCUGGUGGUUCUGCGUGCUGUGGAGCGCUCGCCUGCUCAGGAAGAUGAAGAAAGCAGUCAAACUGUCACCAGAAACGACUCUCCUGUUCAUCUUCGUCCAAACAGCAACCACACCAACAGUUCGGCACCACCGUCCACAGCAAGCAACCGCAUGUACGAGGCUGCUCCUGCUCCUUACAGACCCCCUGGCGGACCACAGGAGCUGCCGGAGGAAGAUUACGAUGAAGACGAUUUCCCCCCUCCACCUUCUGAUCUGGACCUGCUGGAAACAAACCCUCCACACAAACACCAACAAAAUCGGGCUGAAAUGGAGCCGGUUUCCUACAAACCCACCAACCAACAAUACCCUCAACAACAGAAAUGUGUUUCAGUGGCAGAUGAGAGUAACAUGGCCUCCAUUCAAGGACAGAGACCUGAACCCCUCUCCUCUAACGGGACGGCGCUGGGACCCAGGUUAGGUCUGCAGAAGUCCAGUUCUCUGGAGAGUCUCCAGACAGCGAUGGAGGAGGUCGGUAAGGACAAGGUGCCCUUCCAUCGUCCACGCGCGCACAUGGUGAGAGGCCGAGGAUGCAACCUCAGCUUCAGAUACGCCAUCGACAAGUCCUACGACGGGCCUUCUGAACCUGAGGACGAUGACUCUGAGGAAGACUCCGGCAGAGGCACGCCUGCCAGCAGCUCUUCUCGACAGGAUCUGGAUGAUGAGAAGAAGGUAAAGAAAAAGAAAACCAAAAAGAAGAAAGAGAAAAAGAGCAAAAAGAAGGACGAGCCUGAAGACCCUGAGAAAAAGACAAAGAAAAAAGGAUUUGGGUUGUUGAGGUUUGGGAGAAAAAACAAAUCCAAGGCUAAAGAACUGGGCGCUUUGAGCGAAGAAGAGGUGGACAAGAGUGAACCUGAGAUGUUUCUGUCCAAAAGUGAAAGGAACAGCCCUGCUCCUGACCGUGCCAUCUUCCCGGAUGUCGAAGACGAUGACCUGGAUCCCAACUAUGCUCGCAUCAACAAUUUCAGAGAGCCUCCCGCCUCCAGUCACUCCUCCUAUCCACCUGGAACUCCCACCCAUAACUACUCUCAGCCUACAGUCCCCGCCCCCAACAGAGAGCUGCCCAAUGAGGACGUGCUAGAGGGGCUUUAUGCAAAAGUUAACAAGCAAAGAACUGCCCCGCCAAAGACUGACAGUAAUGAAGAGCGAUUGCAGCAAAUCAGGAAUCAGCUUCAGCAGGUGAGACCGGCUCCAUCCUACGAUGACCUGAGCGCCCGAAGACGACCGGAGUACGACCCUUCACGAAUCAGAGGGCCUGAUCCACGAAUAGUUCCCAGAUACAAUGACUCCGAUCGCCUGCACGCCUCCGUGCCCAGGAGGAUGCCAGUGGAGGACUACUCGAACCAGAACUGGGCCAACCAGAGAGACCCCGUCCAUUACUCCAACCCCAUCUACGAGACCCAUCAAGACAACUAUCCUCCACGCUCUCACCGGUUGCCCGUACCCAGACCCACGGAGGCCACAGGUGGUUACUAUCCCUCAUCUCCAGCUCAACAGAGGGGUCCCGUGAGGCAGGACGUCCCUCCCUCAUCGAACCCCCUGGGUGCCAGAGCACCACCGCGAUACGAAACGCUGAACCAGGGGAACUAUCGGACGGCCAGCCCUGAUCGCUACGGCCCAUACGGAGAUGAACAAUGCCAAGAUCCCCGGCAGAAAAAGUCAAUGAUUGGAGCUGUCUAGACGAGGCUGGUGCUGAAAAAGUUAUGUGGUUAUGUAAUUGUGUCCAUUUACAAGAACAAUCUAAUUAGCUUUCCUAGACUUAUGAGAAGAAAAAGCAAACCAAAUUGCUUUGACACAGCCAUCGAUUACUCCAAAUUGAACUAGUUCAGUGAAGUUUGUGAUUUGUUUCGGAUGCCAGCCAUUUUUCCUCUUAAUUAGCAUCAGUUCGGAACAUCAAGGCGAUUUUACACCAGAGUCAGUUACGUUUAAAAGUUACAGCUUACAGAAGCACAUAGGGUUUGUAUGUAUGUAUGUUUAGCAUGUAUUUAAUUCGGUAUACCACACAAAUGUUUAAUAUGAUGAUCUGCUUUGGAUAGUAUGGCCAUUUCUUCCCCUCAUGUGUAAUGCAUUGAAGAUGUGAUUGGUAUGAAGUUUUUAAAUGUGAAGAAAUUCACCAUCAGUUUACUUUUUUGUGCUUAUAAGAAAUGUUUUUCAGAAUUUGAUUGCCUUUGCAGUAACUUUGUCCCCCUAAAACACUCCAUUAACUUUUUACUCGGUGAAUCAAUCCUAAAGUGUUUUUUCAUGCGAUGUUUUGAGGGUAAUAUUCUCUUUCAACCACCUCCCUCCUUGAUUGAUUUUAAUAAAGCCAUGCUAAGGCCCAAAAACACCAAAACGGACAAGGUUACACAAAUAGCUGAUCCGAUAUCAAAGUCUCAAACUGUUUUGGGCUUUUGUUGUCACGUCUUGUCUUUUAUAUUAGGUAGAGGUUUUUACAUUCCUGGUAUUUUUUUUCCCUUUCAGCCUUUUUAUGGUAGUUCUGCGAUGUGAGAUGCUGCCCCAUAGCUGCAAACGCUCUAUACACAGGGCUCUUGUAGUGAACAAUCAUUGUUGUUGGAUCACUGCUUUAAAAGCAAGACUUCCUGAUGUCCUUGGUGUGUAAAAUUAUCUGUUUAUUAUAGAUAGGAGAUAUAUUGCCAGUCAAAACAGGAUCUUACAAGAACCAGCAAACAUUGAAUUUUUGCACCCAAUUUAUGUUGAGAUUUUUUGCACAUUUAUCGCCUGAAUGAAGUGCGGAAAUGAAGGUUUAUAGGAAA